AUGGAGGAGUUGAAUGGGGAUCUUUAUGGGGAUGGUCUCGUAAGUCUCGGGGAUGAAGGAUCAUUGGAAUCUACUGAUAGUGGAAAGCAGGACCAAAGUUGCACAAUUUGCGACAAUAAGCUGUGCAGUCCUCGGGUGUUGUCAUGCCUACAUGUAUUCUGUGAAACAUGUAUAGAAAAGCUGAUGGUAAAUGAAGCAGGUGAUACUUUGAAAUUUGAUGUAGCUGUUGAAUGUCCACUAUGCAAACAAGAAACCAAGAUUCCUGUGGGGGGAGCAGCAUCUUUACCAUCUGAUUAUGUGAUUACUAACAUUUUGGAUGUGUCUUCAAUGGAUCAAUCUGUUGUUUGCACCUGUUGUAAGAGUAAAGAACCAGCCGUAGCUCGUUGCACUGAUUGUUCCCACUUCCUAUGCUCAAAUUGUAAUUCUGCACAUGAGUUCAUGCGCUGUUUCGAAAACCACAGAGUUGUCCCAUUUGAUGCGCUUCGGUCGUCUAAGGAAAAAUCUGCUGUUCAUAAACCAAUAUUCUGCAGCCGCCAUGUUGGUGAGAGCCUAAAACUGUAUUGCUGUGACUGCGAAGUUGGUGCUUGCACCGAGUGUCUCACAGUAGAUCACAAAGUUGGUGAACAUCGUUGCGAGCGCAUAGUCGAUGCAGAACCGAAUCUCCGAGCCGAAUUGCGUAACUACAUAGUAGAAGCAAACGCGCGUGCAGCAGCCGCCGGUGGGGCUUCAGCCCGGCUUGACGAUGCCCUGGGAGACCUGCAACGCCAACGCGAUGAAGCCGAGAGCCUCAUUAAUGAAGCUUUCCAUGCCUAUAAAGCUGCUCUAGAGAGGCGCCGUGAGACAGUUCUAGAAGAACUCGAGCGCUUACACAAAGAGAGAGAACUGAAGGUUAUGGAUCUAUUCGACCGCGUGGACAAGACCGUUCUUCGUAUUGAUUGCGCUUGCAAGUUCACCACACGGCUGUUGAGACGCGGCGACGGCACCGAAAUUGUGAUGCUUAAGAAGACCGUCGCUUCUCAAUUUGCACGCCUGUUAGAGGGGGCUCCGGAGUUUGAUGUCGAUUUCUCUUUGGAGUUCGUGACAAAGAUGGAUAAAUUCGACUCUAUAACUGAAGAUACCUUUGGAGCCUUCCGGACUGAAGCAACUAUGGCGGAGGAAAGGAAACGGUUAAGCGAAUCCUCUGCGAUCGUGUCCGUUGCGUCGAACGCUCAUUCCCCAGCAGUGUCGGUGACCAAUGCACCGGUGUUUGAUGAUUUUCCUCUUGGGAACGUUCGUCGCGUGACUGGCGUUUCUGGGGUAGGAAUGGUGGGAGUUCCCUCAAUGGGUGUAGGCUCCGGGCCAGUGGCAAGCAGUGGGGUAUUGCCUGGGGUCGUGAGCGUUAACAAUGUAACUGGAGUAGGCUCAGUACCUGGGGUGCCAGCGCUGCCGUCUAUGGUCGAAUACAACUUGCAGCAGUUGGCAAGUAUUGCCGAAAAGGACGUCCCGCCACCCCCGCACGCUUCACCCGCUCCUUCAUUCACAUUAGCGGAAUUACUGGCUGGUGAUUUGAACUCUCCACAUGCAUACAACAACUUGCAAGCUUUAGCCAAACUUGGAUUGAAUACAGAGGUCAACGGCUAUGGUGGGGUCGGGGGCGUAAGCGCCAUUAGCUCAGUAGGCCCCCGGGGCGUGUCCCCUGGUCGUCCGCUUUUAACAGCAGCCGAAGAAGCAGCCUUAGUCGCGCCACCUGCCCCACUCGUUCGGGCAACGAAGGCCACACCCAUGCAUAUUAGAUUUAAAUUCGGACAACUCGGAGGCGGUAAGGGCCAGUUCAACUCCCCCCAUGGCUUCUGCCUUGGAAAUGAUGAAGACAUCAUUGUUGCGGAUACCAAUAAUCACCGGAUUACUGUGUUCGACAAAGCUGGCAAUCACAAGUUCAAUUUCGGUGUAGCGGGUAAGGAAGAGGGCCAAUUGUGGUACCCCCGUAAAGUGGCUGUGGUCCGCGCCACUGGAAAGUUUGUGGUCUGUGACCGUGGCAACGAAAGGUCCCGAAUGCAGAUAUUCACUAAGAAUGGGCACUUUUUGAAGAAAAUUGCCGUGCGGUUCAUCGACAUAGUAGCUGGCCUGGCAGUGACAGCCGAAGGUCUAAUAGUGGCAGUGGAUAGUGUGACCCCAACUGUAUUUAUUCUGUCUGAGGAAGGUGACCUCAUGAGUUGGUUCGAUUGUAGUGAGUGUAUGCGGGAGCCUUCCGACAUUGCUAUUAGCGGCAAAGAAUUCUACGUAUGCGACUUCAAAGGUCACUGCGUGGUCGUGUUCGAUGAUGAGGGCAGGUUCCUUCGUCGCAUCGGAUGCGAGAACGUGACCAAUUUCCCCAACGGGAUCGACGUGUCGGACGCCGGCGACGUGCUGAUUGGCGACUCGCACGGAAAUAAGUUUCACGUGGCCGUGUUUUCGCGGGACGGGGUUUUGGUCACUGAGUUUGAAUGCCCCUAUGUGAAGGUGUCCCGCUGCUGCGGUCUGAAGAUAACAUCCGAAGGCUACAUCGUAACCCUGGCAAAGAAUAAUCACCACGUUCUAGUCCUCAACACCCUAUAUAUUGUCUGA